AUGCAAGACAUGGUCUACUCUUGGUUAUUCGGCUUUGAAACAACUCUACGAGAGGGCUCAAAGAUCUUCCCAAUAGCCCGCAUAGCACUGAUCAUGUUUCAGACCUGCAUGGGCAACUCCUCCGUGUACGGGUCAACGAUUGAAGAAUUUCGCCUCUUGCUGAACAACCUGAGCCUGGCCUGGCCAGAGAAGCCAAGGGCGGACGUAGACGCGCUGGGCGCGCUCAUCUCGCUGGCAUACCACUGGCGCGUCGAACUGUGGGUUUCCAUGCGAGUGUUCUCGGCACGUCGGAAUGCGAAAACAAGUAACUGGAUUAUUGAAUUCGCACCUGCUCCUCAGUUGCCUUUUUACCUGCGGCACCACCGCAGCGUGAACAGACAUGGUGGUUAUAGCACAUACUGGAGCCAGUUCUACCAGGUAUUCACCAACACUAGCCCCACAGACAACUUGCGGCAUGCGAGAGAUGCAGCCAAUCUAGAGGGCAAUAUACUCAAGAAGCUCAACGAGGCCCUUCACGUGUCUCCCAGAGAUGCGGCGCAGUUUCCCAUCGGCGAAAUACAAAAGUACACACCGAACUUAGCAUUUUCCCGGUGGCUGCGGCAUCUUCAGCACACCACAACGCUAAGCCCCGCGCUGACCGUCAAAGACGAAAUAGUCGUGACAAAUGUGAAGUUCCUUGCCACCGUAGGCGAGCUCUUCCAAAAUUACACAAACCAAGACAUUCUGUCAUACUUGGCGUGGCAAUUCGUUGAACACUACGGUCCUAUUGCUGACAGCCGCCUCUUGUUGUCGCGGUACGGAGACCAGAGAACAGCAGACAGACUGAGACCAGCGUUUUGCGCCACUCAAGUUGAGGCAGUCUACAAGUUGAUGCUGCUGUCACUAGCAUACACGCUGCACAUUAAGAACAGCGAAAAGGAUUUGAUAGACAGAAGCUUCAACCGCUUGGUUUCGGCGGCCGUGCGCUUGGUUAACGCGUCCGGCUGGCUGGACCCAGAAAGCAGAAAUGCGGUGACCGACAAGCUGCUAUCGGCAACUAUGCAGGUCUGGCCUCCGGCUAGCUUCCUCACAAACGAAAGUUUAGAAGAGAUCUACAAGAACUUUCCUGGGCCCGGACAGGCGGAAUCAUUUGGCGGUUACUGGAUUCGGUCUCUUACGAGUCUGAGAACGAUCAAGAGGUCUCCCGACUACGAAUACAUGUCCGAUCUGCUUCACAGCUACGCGCUACCUUACCUUCAGUACGAUUACCACGUGAACAAAGUGGACAUAGCCAUCGGUGCUGUCGCCCGGCCGCUGUUUUACAGCCAGGGCACAAAUGCAAUGUUCUAUGGUGGCAUUGGAUUCUCCCUUGCCUUCGAACUGGUGAAGGCACUAGACCUGGAGGGCCUCCAAUGGCAUUCUGAUGGAGUGCUGGUUAGCUCAAUACUCAGCGAAAGCUCACGCUCAGUAUAUGAGGUGAAAGAAAACUGCCUCAACAGCAGCGAGGAAAGCGACCGCAGCCUGUUUCCGGAUAUUCCUGCGUUAGAGAUUGCUUACUCCGUCUACCUGGAUGCCUCGAAGAAUGCUGAGAACGCACUCCAAAUCAGCGAAGAUCUAACCGAAACACGGGUUUUCUUUCUUACAAUGUGUUACAUGACGUGCAGCCGGGAAGGCUUCAGUAACCCCUCCUCAGCGAACUGCAACAAAGUUGUGCGGAACUCUAUAGCCUUCGCUAAUGCUUUCGGUUGCCCGCUGGGUUCUAAGAUGAACCCUGUAAAGAAGUGCAUUUUCUUCGGCUAG